ACAUCAUUCUUUGGCUCAGCCACCUAACUAUCCUACUCCAAAAGUCAUGGAAUCUGCCAUUAACGUGCUCGUUUCCCAGUUCAAGACUUACGCAGGGAAGGAUGGCUCUGCAAACACUCUGAGCAAAGAAGAGUUUCAGAGCUUGGUCACAUCCCAGUUACCAAACUUUGUAAAGAAUGCCUCUGACCCAGCCACCAUUGAUCAGCUCAUGAACUCAUUGGAUGCGAAUAACGAUGGAGAGCUGACGUUCCUGGAGUUCUGGCAGCUGAUUGGCAGUGUGGCGAACCAGCAUGGCACCGUCCACUGCAAUGAUUCCCAGCUGGAUUUCUGGUGUGAAACUACCAGAAAUCAUACUGUUGAUUUUACAGCAGUAGAAAACAUUAGAAAUAUCACAUCUGUGAAUCAUCUCAAAACUCAAAUGUCCUGUUUAAAGUAGCCAAAUAAGUUCGUCCCCUAGUUCCCCUCCUCCAGGUACACGCCCUUU